UCACAUGCUAUGCAAACUGGAUCAGCUGACACUGGCUGGCUAGCUUCCCUUUUGACACUUCUCGGCGUUUCUUCCGGUAGAUAAGACUACCUUGUCUAAAAUAAUACAUUUUCUAUAUUCCCUGGCGUUUUAUUUUGAGAAUUGAGUCACGGGUUGUUCGCUUGUCUGCUAGCACGCCACCGAAUCGAUGCUGCUAGAGUGGAUGAUGAACGGACACGCCAUUCUUUACACGGGGGUCACUUUGGCCUUCUGGAGCACCAUACUCAUCAUCGGUAUAUGCUACACUAUAUUUGAUCUAGGAUUCCGCUUUGAUGUGGCAUGGUUUCUCACAGAAACCUCACCCUUCAUGUGGGCCAAUCUGGGCAUCGGCCUGGCAAUCUCACUGUCUGUUGUGGGAGCAGCUUGGGGAAUCUACAUCACUGGCUCAAGCAUCAUUGGAGGCGGUGUCAAGGCUCCCAGAAUUAAAACCAAAAAUUUAGUGAGCAUCAUUUUCUGUGAAGCUGUUGCUAUUUACGGCAUAAUCAUGGCUAUUGUGAUCAGUAACAUGGCCGAGAACUUCAGUGGAACAACCCCUGAGACUAUCGGGGCAAGGAACUACCAAGCAGGCUACUCCAUGUUCGGGGCAGGUCUGACCGUGGGCUUCUCUAACCUCUUCUGCGGCAUCUGCGUGGGCAUUGUGGGCAGCGGGGCGGCGCUGGCAGACGCCCAGAACGCCAGCCUCUUUGUCAAGAUUCUCAUUGUGGAAAUCUUUGGGAGCGCCAUUGGCCUGUUUGGCGUCAUUGUAGCCAUCUUGCAGACGUCAAAGGUAAAGAUGGGUGAUUAGACGAUGCCUUGCCAAGGCCAGAAGAUGGACGUCUCUACUGGAAAAUAAGAUGGAAUAUUGUGUAAAUACAGCGUAAAUUAUUUAAAUGUUCUAUCUGCCCGGUAUUGUUUUUAACCAUCAUUUUAAAGAAGAGAGGCACAUAAUCACGAAAGACAAACUGCUUUUCUCCUUUUAUGUCCACUCUUAAUGAAUGAUGGUUAAAAAAAUGACACUAGAGUAUUUGAAGAUGUGUGUGUGUGUGUGUGUGUGUGUGUGUGUGUUUUUCUUCCUGUGAAGCAUGUUGUGUUCAUUACCGUUGCCUGGUCUCUCAGUUUUCUUUCCUGUUGAGCCAUCAUUCAAGCCUGCAGACUUUCUGCAGGAAAAGCGACUAAGUUAUAGAGGCUAAAAGUAGACAAUGUGGAGUUGUGAUUGUUUACAGCUAUGUCCAAAUUUGCAUUGCAUAUAGACUGAUAAGAGUUCAAAUAGUUGACUAAAAUAAUGUAAAAAAAAAUGUUUUUUUUUACCUUUUUUUUUUUUACGAAUGUACAUUACAUGAGCACUGUCAUUGUUAUCUAUUAGUCAUUCCUUAUGUACAUUUGGCCUCAUUCUACCUUCAUCUGUCAGCUUUUGCACAUUAUUUUCCAUUAUUGUCAAAUGAACUGAAUCGUCGCUGCUGCAUCAUUUCAUCUUGAUUCUUCGUGUUCCCGUAAUUUGGCAGACCAGGCUAACUAACGUAUGAGUCUCCUCUUCGCGUUGUUAUUUAGAAAGACAUGAAAUGAACAGCGGGGAAACUCAUAAAUAUUUUUAAAUGUAUUUUCCCAACCAUCCAGCCUUUGAUUGGUUUAAUAUGAAACUGAUGGCUGAAUAAAGUUGUGUACCGUAUUAGUCGCUACUCUGUGUGUAUGCGUGCGUGUGUGUGUGUUUAUGUUGAUGUGAUGGUGAUGAUGAGAAAGUAACUGUAAAAACCACAACAAAAAGAAAUCUUAAUUUUGUCAUCAUAGAUGUCUGUGGAUGUGAAAUAAAAAUGUCCAAACAAAAAGUCAA